AUGCCAUCUAAAAAUUCAAAAAAUCAGCCAGAACUGAAAUCUAAGGAUUCCUUUGAAAGUGAUAGGUCUAACACUAAGUCUAUCCGCAUUGGAGCAAAUCUCACUCAAAAUGACUUCAAUGAUGCAGAGUUAGCAUCUACAAAUGAAAAAGUUGAUAUUAAGAGCUCGUCCUACUGCCUAAACGAGUCUGAAGUAGUUGGAAGUGAAGAUGUUGACAAGGAAAAACAGUAUGCACUAAAUGAGAGUCAAAAGUGGACAAUGAGAUAUGGACUCUCAGUCCUCGCUAUCAGUAUUGUCAUGAUUAUCUACGGACUAGUAAAUGUCGUUCAAGAAUUCAAGGAUAUUAUUAAGAUUGAUAGUUUAGACAAGAAAAAAUCACUUGAAUUCAAGGGGUAAGUACCCCAAAAAUAAGAAGAAUCUAACGAUAUGGAAGACUUUGACAAUACUAGAUCCUAGUAAGUUAAAUUCCUUUAUGACAUGAUCACAUUUGUAUUCCUCUAAGGAAUUUCACUGUUAAUGCACAGCUUGACUCUCAUUCAAGGAAUUUUCGGCCUCUUCCAAGCAACUCAAAGCUUGAUUCAUCUCAAAAAGAUAAAAAGCAAUGGAAAUAAUCCCAGAUUCCUUAAGACUCUUUAGGAGAAGACAAAUAAAAUUAGUGAAUAUAUCAACUGUCUAAUUCUGAUGCAGAUCUCAAGCAGUGUUGCAUACUCUGUAGUCUACAUCGUUAUCAUCUAGAAAGCAUACUGGAGAUUUGAAGAAGAAAAAAUAAACAAUGAAAACAUAGAAAAAUAGAUUCUAGAUUACUAAUCUGUAGUUUCUGUCAGGUGUGCCAUAAUCAUUAGUUUCUAUUUAGUCGGAUGCUUGUUUAGUCUACUUGUAUUUGGUAGAUUUAAACAUCAUUAGAAGAUGUAUGAGGACAACAUCAGAGGCUAAAAACACUCACAUGAGCAGUCCAAGUUCCUCGAAAAUAAUAAAAUUGGUUGCACAUCUAUCUAGAUAGAUGAAUGA